AUGACACCCCGAAAUGAGGCGGAUCAGAGUGCUUUACUGGUGAUUUGCCACGGACUAGGCGAUACCUCGGAUGGAUUCGAUGAUGUAGCCGAGCAUUUGUGUCGCAAGCUGCCUUAUUUGAAGAUAAUUCUCCCAACAGCUCCCACACAACCUGUCACAAUGAACAUGGGAAUGGCAAUGCCUUCUUGGUACGAUAUCAAGGGAUUGGAUAUGAAAUCCAACGAGCAAUGCGAUGGUAUCGAAACCAGUCAGAGUCGAAUCGAACAAAUAUUGCAAACCGAACAUGAAAAAACUGGAUUGCCGUACAGUCGUAUGGUAUUGGCUGGAUUCUCCCAGGGUGGAGCCCUUGGUUUGUACACGGGCAUGCAAUUGAAACCGGUCGACAAAAAGUUGGCGGGGGUUGUCGUCUUGAGCGGAUACUUGCCCCAGCAGAGCAAGUUCACAAUCACACCUGGCAUGGAAGAUACUCCCAUUUUGCAUUGUCAUGGUUCACAAGAUCCGGUCGUCAUUUAUCCCAUGGCCCAAAUGACCCAACAAGCAUUGACUACCUUGAAGGGUGCCACCAAUUACGAACUCAAAACAUUUCCCGUUCAACACACUGUCAGCCCACAGGAACUAGUGGCCGUCGAGGAGUUUUUACGAAAAUGUUUGCCUCCGGAUGAUUCCUGCAAAAUCAAAGUCAAGGACGCCAAAGAAAUGAGCAUCAAAGAGCUCAAGGCGGCCAUCAAAAAGGCUGGCUUGUCGAACAAAGCGACGGGGUUUUGCGAAAAGAGCGAGUUUAUCAAGUUGGUGCAAGAUCAUCGUGACGGAAAACUAUAA